AAGCGCAAAAAGCGAGAUGACAAUAAGCUGACACAUGUCAUUGUGACAGUGAUGUGUUUAUUUUUCGUGUUUUUAAAAUAAAUUUUCUUGAAAGCCACAUACAUUGGUAGAUUUGUUGGCAUAUUUUCAUAUUUGGAAAAUCAGCGCUCAUGUCAAACCUACAGGAGGUAGCGACGGACGAUUUGUUGUCAUUUCAAGACUAUACAGUGCCAGUGCAUGUUCCAUUAGUUAGCAGUACUGUAUCAGUACCAGUAUCUCAAAUUGACGUGUCAGGAAACUUAAAAAGCACCUCUGUUCAGUUAGAAGGCGAUAUGCAACAAAUUCGGAGCUCCAGUAGGCCUGUAAACGUUCCAGAAAUGGGUGGCGCGAGAGAUGCUAAUGAUGAAGUCCCGCCAGCAAAAUCCUUCUGGACUAUUGAGUAUUACCAGAAGUUCUUUGAUGUGGACACCAAAGAUGUUUUGGAACGCAUCUUGGCGUCUGUGACACCAAAGUGGGACAACUCUUUGAAACAUCACUUGAGAACCAAGCCCGACUUAUACGGACCAUUCUGGAUAUGUGUGACUCUAAUUUUUACGAUUGCCAUUAGCGGCAAUGUGGCGAAUUACUUGCAGCAUGCCAGUACAAAGUACCAUUGGAAGUACGAUUUUCAUUUGGUCUCUUAUGCUGCUACCACGAUUUGCUUAUAUGUGACUUUGGUUCCUCUCACUUUAUGGGGUUUAUUGAAGUAUACGUCCAUUACUAGUGAUAUUGAGGAACUGGAGCAGGAUAGCGUAACGCCUGGUGCUCUAGAGCUGGUUUGUAUAUAUGGUUAUUCACUGUUUAUAUACAUUCCUGCUGCUGUUUUGUGGUCCAUUCAACUCUACUUUCUCCAGUGGCUGCUGGUCCUUAUUUCCGCCUUUAUUUCGGGUUCGGUGCUCCUAUUAACUCUAAUGCCUGCAUUGAGGCUUUCAAAAAACAAAUUCCUCUUGAUACUGGGAAUCGCUUCAUGCCAUGUUCUUCUAACUGCUGGAUUUAUGCUGUAUUUCUUCCAUGUUCCAAACACAUUGCCUGCAUAUAUGCCUCAGGUUGUUACGACUAAACCUGUCCUGCCUCUUGUAAAUGACACGUCCGGAUAAGUGUUUGCUAAGUAUCUUUGAUCAUUUGUAAUAGAAUAGAGUUCUAUCAGGAAUUAACACUGUAUAAGGACUGAGACUAUGUGGAUUUUUUUAAUGUGAUGCUUAGGUUUAAAGUUUUGUAAAUACAUACAUGCACAUCGGA